AUGGAUGCAAAUCCCAGUCGUCAUCACGAGCAAGGCACUCGUCCAAAGAAGGGACGGACGGAUGAAAGGAGAGAUCGAGAAAGUAAGAAGCCAGGCCUUCCAGUACGGAACCAGCAGUAUACCCCUUUAAACGCCCCACUUGAGCAAGUCCUUAUGCAAAUCAAGGAUGAUCCUUCGCUGAAGUGGCCGGAGAAAUUGAAGGGUGAUCCCAACAAGCGCAACAGGAACAAGUACUGUCGCUUUCAUAGGGAUCAUGGUCAUAACACGGACGAGUGUUUUGACUUGAAGCAACAAAUUGAAAAUCUCAUAAGGCAAGGGAAGUUGAGGGGCUUCCUUGGACGAGACCAGAGGGACGAGAAACAGAAGGGAAAGAUGGAAGAUUCAUCGCGACCACCACUCGGAGAGAUAAGAGUCAUCAUUGGGGGAAGUUCAACUGGCCGGUCGUCCAAGUCCAAGAAAGCAUACUUGAAGGUAGUACAGAACGUCCAGCUUACCGGACGAUCACCGAGAGCAAUGUCUAUGGACGAGCAGGCAAUCACUUUCACGGACGAGGAUGCUGACAGAAUUCAUCACCCUCAUGAUGAUGCCCUUGUCAUCUCCCUACUAAUUGCAAACUACACAACCAGAAGAGUGCUUGUGGACAACGGAAGCUCAGCAGACAUUUUAUACUAUCCAGCUUUUCAGCAGAUGAGAUUAGGACGAGACCAGCUCCGUCCAGUGAAUUCCCCCCUAGUAGGUUUUGGUGGGAUGAAGGUGCAACCAGUGGGUACCAUUUCCUUAUCCGUGGUAGUGGGGGCAUAUCCACAACAACUUACCAAGGACGUCAACUUCCUUGUGGUAGAUUGUCCAUCAUCCUACAAUGCCAUCAUUGGAAGACCAACUUUGAAUAGCUGGAAAGCUGUUACCUCCACUUAUUAUUUAUCAGUCAAGUUUCCAACAGAAUACGGGGUAGGACAGGUACAAGGUGACCAACUGGCAGCAAGAGAAUGUUACUUGGCCAUGCUGGCCAUGGAUGAACAAGUUCAAGCAAUGAAUAUUGAAGAAAAGAAGGGGAAUUGA